UUGUUGGGUAUUUUGAUUUUUAGGGGUGUAAUGUGUAAAUGUAAAUGGGUUCUAAGAUGUUACGAAGCUUUGCAAUUUUGCAAAACGAUUGUUUUGUACUGGUGCCGCGGGCCCGCCCGCUACAAAUCGAGAAUGAUCCCAAAGGAACAUAAAAAUCCGCUAGUAGCAUUUAAAUCAAUGAAAUAUGCGAACCGCGAAAGUAACUCUGUCUGCCUCUCUGUAAACUGAAGUUCAUGCGGACGGAGUCACAGCUAGUUUAUUAAUAAAUCUUACCGUUUAGAAUAUGUCACUAUCAACACCUGUAAACAAUUUAGUUUAACAUGCUGGUUGAUUACCGGUUCCAUAUUCUAUUUUCCAAGAAACAUACCUUAAAUCACGGUCACUUACCUAUUUCUUAUCGGGAAUAAAAAACAAUGAAAUCACUUAUCUAUGAAAUCAGUCGACAUGUGACAAAAGUGUCAUGUUUAAAUUGAUGAUAGAUUUUUACGGCUGAAGAUAUUUACAGGAAAUCUUUUAGGUUUAUUUUAUUUGUGUACGGAGUAUUAAAUGUGAUGACGAGUCCAAAUCACCCCUUUGUUGUAUGGGGAUCAUGCUACCUAUGGCUAGCUUCGAUGUUUGCUAUAACGUGGUCGUUACUUCUCUUCAUUUGUGUGGGAGAUAUGUUAUUAUUAACAGGGACAGAUAUAAUCAAUGCAAUCGUCUUACUUUCUGGAAUCAUUAUGCUCCCAACAAACGUGCAUAUUUUGUGUAAUAUUGCCAAUGGAAGAAAAAUUGAUCAUAAGUCCAAAGUAGUCUGCUGUCCUCUGUGGCUGUGUAUCGUCUGGAUAAUAAUAAUAAAUUGUUUGGGAGCAGGACUAUGUAUGCACAAGGUUUACUCUUUAAAACAAACUACCGCUGAAAAGAUGAACAAAACUAUAAAACAUUACCGAAGUGUGCCGAAAUAUAAGCACUUUAUAGAUAAUCUGCAGUGGUCUUUGAAAUGUUGUGGGUUUAAUUCAUACAGAGAUUGGUUUGAACAUGACUGGUAUGACAAAAUACGUGAUUAUGAGUGGGAUCCUCAAGUAAAUAAACAGUCCUCGAAAGGGGGGCGAAGAGACGUUAAGACAGUAUCCGACAGCGUUCCAUUAAGCUGCUGUAAAAGUGGAUCAUGCAUAUCGAACUAUCUUCUAGAGUUGGGAACUCAUUCUAUUAAUACAAAAGGAUGCGGAAAGUUGAUGUAUCGGAUUAUACUAUCGUCUAUGAUAGCACAUCUUAUUAUGUUUCUUUCCGUUGUUAUAGUUGAGGCCUUGAUUUUGAACAUUAUUACCCGUAAAGAAUUACAAAGUGAGGACAAAAAAUCACGAAGCUUUAAUGUAAGACAUAUCAUGUCUGUAAACGAUCAUUUUGGAACCUCCACGCCUUCAAUUCAAAUAAAUCCAGAUGAAAGCGAUGAAUUUGAUAAAGAAAUUCAGUACAGACAUCCGAUAAAUACAUCUUCUAGACAAGUAAUGACUAUGGAACCUGUAAUGAUUGAUGACGAAGAUUCUGAAAGUCCUAAGGAAGCGAAAAAAUGGGAUGAUGAUUAGGCAAGCGUGAUACAUUGAUGUAUUAAGAUAUUUUUUUCAUAAUAUUUAGUUUUAAUAAAGUAGUUGAUUGAUAAGAAAGCA